CUGUCGGCGCUCCUUGUAAGGGUGGCACUCGGAUCAGGAACCACGGAACCGGCUCCGGUGGGGGGACCCACACACGGCCGGUCAGAUCAAGUCCGAAAUGAGCUGGGAACACUGAAUUGCUAUCGCCUGUAGUACAAAGUAUUUCCACAUAACCGGACCUAACUUAAUUCUGAGUCGUUUGGCCGUUUCUCAUACCCUCCACCUGUCUAAAUAACGCGCAGAUCAGUCGUAGGCUUUCUCGGAGGUGCGCCGUUGAGUCCCAUUGACUUUGGUGGAUGAUGAAUGAACAUCUGCCAGCUGGUGCCACUCGCACUCCAACUUGGGCGCUUCCAUCUUCCCAUCUUCACAUCAUCGCAUCCUUAGACGACCACCCAGCUACUCGCUUUGAUUCCCGCCGCGCAUUUGCGAUUCACACCCAAAACCACCAUAUCGACGCGUUUUACUCUCCGUAAAAACCGAAACGACCACUUUCCGUCUUCCGCGACCACUCAUUGUCGAUCCCACACGCGUCAAGACCCCCCGCCCUUAAGUCCCCCACCUCCGCGACCACGGCGAUCUUUCACCAUACGAUAACUACCUUCAAGUCUGACGAGUUGCCCUCCCAUUCAAUCUGCCACGAUGCCUCCUCGCGGUCGCAAACGAGCGGCAGAGGCUGAGCCCGAACCACGACCCGAGAGACUCUCCCCUUCGUCCCUGGGGGACCGUGAGCCGCCGCCUCCCUUCUUCAACACUACCUUUUCCACUCACCGCGCAUCACCCCUCUACGUCGGCACCAACACUCUCACUUUUCUGCGGUUGCAAACGCUAUCGCAACGUCUGCGCGACACCCUCGUAGGAGACGUCGUUAGAGGUGUGCAGGUCGACUUGGGAGAUGGUGACAGCUCGCUUGGGCGCGCCGGACCCUUGGAGAAGGUCGGUAUUCGCUGGGUCACGGUUGACGCGUUGCUGGGUGGCACAGAUGAUGCAGAUGUCGACUUGAGUCGCGAUAUGAGCAGUGACGCGACGGAUGGCGGCGAUGCGGAACGCAAGAAGAGGGGCCUGGUGUUCGAGAUCCGAUACGAGAACGCCUUGUGUACGGCUGUGCUGCUGCCAGCGCUCUUCGACCAGGCGGAGGAUGGGCAGCAAGACGGUCUCAAGUCGACGAGCAGCAUACAUAUACCGGGACUGCUUUCCGAAAGCGGUUCGAGGAAGGACAGGCACUUUCUGCGUCUGCCUCUCCUGCUCUUGCGCAUGCCUGCGCCCCUCAAGACCGUCAUCGUUGACUUCCUCUCGAGCACGUUCGAUUGUCGCAUCAGCCCUAUGCGCCUGGGCACGAGGCGUCUCACGGCCGCGUGGGAGAGGUGGAUCGCAGAUGCCGGGCUUCCCUCACGGGGCCCUCUAGCCAAAGACAUGGUUCUCACCUUGGGUUUCUACGUCCCGUCUCCCGACACCGGCGACGGUAACGAUGAUCAGCCUUCGGAGGGGCUUGGGAUCAAAUCCAUCGACGUCAUCAUCCCGGCCGAGGAAUUACGGCGGUUCGCGAGAGAAGGCAAGGUACUUGCGAGUUCGAGGGCCAAGAAUGGUGAGGCCACCGAGCGGAAAGUACUUAGCCAGGGCUACGAAAGCGACCAGAGGCAGAGGAAGCGGCUGGCCGGCGGCAAGGCCGACGAAGGAUGGGGAUGGAUCGACGACGGCGACGAGAAGAAGCAGGAGCCGUUCCUGCGCGCCUUGGGCGCUUACUUGGACAAGCACCUCGCCCUCGACCUCUUCCAUCCUGGAGUGAGAGUCACCAAGAUCGCCUGCGGCGGGUUCGUGCUCGCAGAAGGACGGGUCAAGGUCUUUGUGCCGCCGAACGACGACGACAACGACGACCAAGUAUACCCGCCUGUCAAAAAUCUGGUCGAAGACCUCAUCACCAGCGCAGUGUCAUGAGUUGUCAGGAGAACGCCUGUCAUCUGAGUCAUACCUCGACGACUAGGACGGAGAAUCAGAACACAAUCAAUAAACAACGCUCCUGGAAGACAUGGAGGGGGCGAUGAGACACCGCGGCAGUUGGCAGGGCUAUGCUUCUCUCACACCCAAGCUCCAGUCGCUGUGUUUCUCGGCCAAGAGGAAGACAAGAUGAAGCUCAUGUAUUGCCGCAAGAUUGCCGUCCGCCUUGGCGAACAGCACCCCACCAGAUCGGCUUGAUCAUCUCCCGGCAGCACGAUCACUCUUCUUCCUCGAUUGGACCGCAUGUACAUGACUUCAGCCACUGGCUCAUCCAAGCGAAGAUGUUCCCCAUUAUCCAACACAGCUCGUGACAGUGGGAAGAGCAGAAGGCGAACGGCAUCAAUCUGGAACACGCGUGCACAAAGAAGGAAACCAUGGCGCAGGCCGUCAGCCUCCGCCCAAUCUCUGCUUGUCAGAAAUAUGGAUGAAUAACCUCGGAUAACAAACAAUCGACUACGGCUAAGCAUCCAGGGUGUCAUUCCGUGCCUGCUGGGGCAAAGCUCGGAAAACUCGGGACUUCGCGAUACUCGGAUACCACUCUAAUGGCCUCACUGUCAGCCGCACCAGUAGUAGCAGCUUGCAAUCUAUCUGAAAUCCAUCAUACACUCACCACCACCACAUAGAACGACACGUUCUCGCUGAGCUCGUUACGCCACGCGCUUGUUAAUUGAAUUCUCCUCCUGGCUAAUAUGACUGCCGCAUGCACCCCAGAAGACAGGGUCAUUCAGCCGCCAGCCGCCCCCUGGUUUUGCCCUCCCUCCCCGCAAACCA